ACACAAAUAUCUGUGCCCCGGGACCCAUCGUCUCAUGAUCUGUUUUGAAGGCACUCAAACAGUAGCACAGAGACUAGGUCGUGUUAGAUGCAUAACAGUGACUGACAGACUUCUUUUCUUUUUCCAGAUCUGGCAGUGUACAGAAUCACUGGACUGAAAUAUACCACUUUGUUGAACAUCUAGCUCAUAAAUUCAUAAGCCCACAGUUGCGGAUGUCCUUCAUUGUGUUUUCCACUGAGGGAAGGAUCUUAAUGAGCUUGACAGAAGACAGGGAACGCAUUCGCAAAGGCCUGGAGGAGCUCCAGAGGGUUCAUCCAGGGGGAGACACCUUCAUGCAUGAGGGCAUCCUGAGGGCCAGUGAACAGAUAUACUAUGGAAACACUGAAGGCUAUCGCACUGCCAGUGUCAUCAUAGCUCUGACAGAUGGAGAGCUCCACGAAGAUCUUUUCUACUAUGCUGAAAGAGAGGCCAAUCGCUCCCGAAGUCUGGGUGCCUCAGUUUACUGUGUGGGGGUGAAGGACUUCAAUGAGACACAGCUGGCAAAGAUCGCUGAUAGUAAGGACCAUGUCUUCCCAGUGACGGAUGGAUUUGAGGCCUUGCAGGGCAUCAUUGAUUCAAUCCUAAAGAAGUCCUGUAUCGAGAUCCUGGCAGCAGAGCCCUCUAGUAUCUGUGCUGGAGAGUCCUUCCAGGUAGUGGUGAGAGGCAACGGUUUCCUCCAUGCCCGAAAUGUUGAUAAAGUCCUGUGCAGCUUCAGAAUCAACGACACCCUCACAAAAAUGGUGAAGCCUUUGACUGUGGAAGAUACAUAUCUUCUCUGCCCUGCACCCGUGCUUCAAGAUGAGGGGAUGACAGCAAACCUUUUUGUCAGUAUGAAUGAAGGUCUUAGUUUCAUUUCCAGCUCGGUCACCAUAACCACCGUGGGCUGUUCUGAUGGGACCAUCCUGGCCAUAGCUCUGCUCAUCCUGAUGCUCCUCCUGGUCUUGGCACUCCUCUGGUGGUUCUGGCCUCUCUGCUGCACUGUGAUCAUCCAUGAACCCCCUCCGCCAGCUGUGGAGGAGAGUUCGGAUGACGAGGACUCUGAAACCCCUAAGAAGAAAUGGCCGACUGUAGAUGCCUCCUACUAUGGAGGAAGAGGAGUCGGGGGAAUCAAAAGGAUGGAGGUCCGCUGGGGUGAGAAAGGCUCAACAGAAGAAGGGGCAAAGCUAGAAAAGGCCAAAAAUGCUAAAGUGAAGAUGCCUGAGCAGGAGUAUGUGCCGCCUCCCACCCGGAUUCUCAACAACGGCAUGCAAAAACCCCCGGGGUCACACAAGUGGUAUUCACCCAUCAAGAGUAAACUGGAUGCAUUGUGGGUACUGUUAAGAAAAGGCUAUGACCGCGUGUCUGUAAUGAGACCUCAUCCUGGGGACAAGGGUAGAUGUAUGAAUUUCACUCGCACAAAGUCUCCCCCUCCUCACUACCCACACUACAACCCCCAGCCAUCUCCUGACUACAGUCCUCCCAGCAAGAAUCCCCCUGCACCGCAAGGCAUGCUCCCACCAACCCCCAGCAGCUCUCCAUCAUCUUCACUGUUUUCCUCCACCACCCUUCCACCGUUGCCUCCAACACCACCUCCUACCUCCACCACUCCUUCUCCACCAAUCACUCCUCCCCCUUAUACACCACCUCCCAACCGGGCUCUUCCUCCAACCACUAUGCAGAUACCUGCCCCUUCAGGACUCCCGCCUACUCCUCCGUCCUCUGGCUCCCUGCCUCCUCCUCCACAGGGACCUCCUCCUGGGCGAGCUCCUCCACCUGCCCGCCCACCGCCUCGGCCUGGUCUGUAAAUCUCUGGCAUGAGAUGGGAGAGAACCACGCAGCUUUGAAAAAGGCAACAGAGUCUCACCAGCAAUAAGCACAUGAACCAUCGCUGACUGUACCUGCAAAUGAGAAUGUGAACGGCUCGUGCACGCUCAGCAGGUUGUGGCCUUUUUGCCUUGUGAAAAGGAGCAAAGGACUUGUUUUCAGCUAUUUGUCUACAGUGACUUUUGUACACAUUUAGCCCAACAGAGCAAUUGCUGUGAUGGUUGAACUACACAGACAUUCCCUAUAAAUGAGGUCAUGCAGGCUGGCUCAAAAACAUUUCCCUCCAUGGACCUCAGAGCCGCUUCAAGCCCAGUUGUCCCAUCCAUGAGCACACCAGACUGGAUGAAUCCUGACCAGGCAGAGGAACAACAACUUAUACUAACGUCUCUGUACACAGGCCCUCAAGUUUUGUUUAUAUCAUGGCUUGAACACUCAUUCCCGAGAAGAGAAGAUGACUUCGAGGAAUCUGUUCCCUGUUUUUUGUUUUCUUGAAUGUUGAGCAAUUGCAUGCAAUAAUGUUUGAGUCAGCAUUGUUUUUAAAAUGUUAUUUCCACCUUGUGUUAAACAUUUUUAUUUGUCCUUUUAUCACUGAGUAGACCACAUUUUCUAAGUUUAAAUUUUUGAGGUUAGAAAAACAAUCAUCCCGACGAACGGCAAUGCAACUAAUCGGAACUUGUCUUUGUCAUCUAGCUUAACGUGAGUCAUACAUGGCCUAUUUCUGCACACAUCCAGCUAAACAACUUGAUGCUAAAUUCACCCUGUUACUAUAUCUGACCUCACAAAGAUGACUGCAGUCACUGCUAUAAUUUGCAUAUGCUCUGUGUAUCAAGAUGUGGACAAAAAUGUCAAUCAGGGAAAAGCUUUGCACUGUGCCUUACUUACCCAUGGCCUCUUGCAAAAGCUGGGCUUUAUGUAAAUCAUUCUGAUAUAACCGUGUUCAGAUAUGUGUGUGUCAGAAAGAGGGAGACAGACUAGUCUACUAGUAACAGUUAGUCCCACAGUAGGCUGGCCUGAGUCAGUUGCCAGGUUUAUCAGCUAAAAGCAAACAUCUGUUUUUCUGCAAAAGAUGUUUCAAGUUCCUCAAAGCAUGGAUCUUGACAAUGCUGUUCCAUGGGUCAUAUAAAGUCUAGUGUAGAUUAAAUGAAAGGUUAAUAUUAAGCUGUUAUUUGCUCAAAACUCAAGCAGCAAUCAAAUGUAUGCAAUUU